AUGGCGUCCCCUUGCACCGGAAGUGUCGAGCCCGCGCCUUGGUCUGCCAGAGAUGAGCAUAAGGACCAUGCGGCAGCGCGCAACUCAGUGUCUACAAACAUUCCAAUUCGCGCCUUUGCCUCACACCCUUGGGCGCAAUCUCUGGCCGCGUCUUGCGGAGGUCUUCCCCCGCUUACACCUCCUGAGGAUCUUGACGCAUUCGACUGGGACACACCCUUGUACUUCAACCCCGAGAAGGGUCUGCGCAAAGUGAUGAACGUCGAGGACCGAUCUUCUCGUCAGGAUCAGGACCAGACCCGCCCGAGUCCGACAUCCAGGCCUUCAGAGAUACAGAUGCCGGCCAGAUCCAACAUGAAUCAGGACGAGUCCACUCGAUCUAAUUGGCUCGGGCGAGCCUGCCAGCAGCUUGUUCUGGCUCUAGGAGAUACGAGUAAUCAGCAGCAACUCCAAAUGGUCGUCCAAGCAUUACCGUCGCAAGCGAAAUCCUUAGAUACCCGGCCAGUAUUCGAGAAAGUUGUUGAAGUGGUUCAAGGCCGAUUCGCAUCUCCCCCCUACAUCACCAUCACACACGCGGUCUCUCAGGUCAUCAGUAUGGAUGAAGUACCAGCGUCCCCUCCGGCCACUCCCAACACCAACUACUCGAGCGACGACUAUUUCCAAGAUCAGACCGUCUUUACCCAUGCCGCUGUGGUUCCCGCUUAUCACUCCCAUGCCCAGCCGCCCAUCCCUUCUAGUUCUCGGUCGACGAACAUAAUCGCCGCGCCAAGCAGUAUUCACCUCUCCAUUCUCGAACGCUACAUUCCGCCCACGACGACUCGAGAAGUUGACGAUUUUUUCAGUUUGAGCAGACGAUCCUACCUCGCUGAUCGCCUUCUUGAACUCUCGGCGAAUAAUGGCAGUUUGCUGCUCGUGUACCCUACGAAAGUGGGAGGUUCCACAUUCACCAACAAAUACAUCGGUCCCGUCAUCGAACCUUUCCUUCGGCAAUUUGUUUUACUGAACGGUCUUUAUAUGGAACUCGCGAUACAGCUAGGGGAGAUGGCCGGGGUGGCCGGCAUGAAGAGCUUCGAAGAGAUUCAACAACUGCUAGAGACCAUGUGCAGGGAGCUAGGACAAAGAGCGCCGUCCCGCGGGCUCCCCAGUCGGUACGAGAUUGUACAUUCUGAAACCACCGAGGUGGUGCUCGACCGGGCACUCUGGAAAGAGUGGUAUGUGGAACAAGAGCAGCCUCGCCUGCGACAAAACCUGGUGGACUAUCACAAGUCUGGUGGUCGCAUGCCAGCUCGACAGGGCCAAAUUGAGAUCACUCCGGGAAUGCUGGCGCGAGAGGUGGUGGACGGCAUCCGCCACAGCCGGGAGAUGGCGGGGAACGCAGGAGUAGAAGUCGGUGUGUUUGUCAUUCGACGGGCGCUUGUGUAA